AUGUCUGUGCAACCAACCACCACCGAUAACACCAGCAACAUGUCCAACAAGAUUAGCUUGGCAGCAGGAUGCUACUGGGGAACUGAAAAAUUCAUUGUCCGCGAUUUCCAAAAGAGACAUCCCAAUAGCAUUCAGUCUGCCCAAGUUGGCUUCAUGAAUCCAACACCCAUGAAGCGCAAGAUCCCUCCUACAUACCGUGAAGUCUGCAGUGGUAUUUCAGGAUAUGUUGAGGUCUUGGAUGUGACACUGGCGGAUCCCUCCUUGAUGGAAGAACUGGUCCGCUUUUUCUUCAUGUUCCAUGAUCCCACCACCAAAAACCGACAAGGGAAUGAUGUGGGAACCCAGUAUGCGUCUGCCAUUUUCUGCUCGGAUGAGCAACAAAAGAGCAUUGCAUUGGCAGUCAAAGCAGAGCUGCAACAAGCAGUAUCCAGUGGAAGUGUCUCUUCCUAUAGCGGAAAAACUAUUGAAACCGGGAUUUUGACGUACACCGAGUUUCAUCCUGCUGAGGAAGAACAUCAACAAUACCUAGCGAAGAAUCCUUCUGGCUACUGCAACCACUUCUUCCGUUUCCGUCAGUGGCCAAAGGUUGCCCCCAUUGAAUCUGAACCAUUGGAACAAAAGCAGAAAAAGUGGAGCUUGAAGAAGCUGGUUAUUUCCCCCAUCAAGAAGGUCUUCAAAAAUUGA